AUUUUCCCUGGCUUUUUCUUCGUUCUUCCUGAUUCUUAAGGUGUGUGUAAGUUAUAAGAAAACAGGCGGUUGCGUAUAAUUUUAAGUUAAAUUAAAUAAAACUUCUUCAAGACAUUAAAACUAAUCUACAAUUGCAAUUAAAAAUCAAUUCUAGUUAAAUUAAGUAACCAACUAAAAAAAAAAAGACUUAGAAAUGGGAAAGCGACGCAAUCAGCCACUAAUCGAUUCUUCAGACUCGAGUAGCAGUGGCUCUGAAUCGGAUUUGGAAUCGGAACUUCUUUCCCUUGCCAAAAAACGCAAAAAGCCAGAAGAAGAAAAUGAAAAAACUGUUAGUAAAGCAAAAAAUUCUUCAGAUUCGGAUUCAGAUUGGGCUGGUGGCAAAAACAAUCCAACCACUACACAAAAAAAGAAGCGAACAAAGAAAAUGAGUAAAAGUUCUGAUUCCGAAUCAGAUGAUGACGACUGGGAUAAAGAUGAGAAAGUUAAAAAUGAUAGUGCAGAAGAAGAUGAUGAUGAUAAGACAAGCAAUAAUGCCGAAGCCGCCAAAGGAGACGAUGUAGCACAAACAAACUUCGAAAAGGGGGUCCAUUCUGAACAAGAAGAAGGAGAGGUAUCAGAUAGUGAUGAUGAACAAAGCGAUGGAUCAUCAUCUUCAAGUUCAUCGUCUUCCUCAACAUCUAGCUCUGAUUCGGAGUUUGACGACGGGUACGAUGAAAAUCUUAUGGGCGAUGAAGAUGAUCGUGCACGGCUAAAUGGCCUCUCUGAAAAGGAACGUGAAACUGAGAUCUUCAAACGUAUCGAACGUCGCGAUAUGAUGCGAACCCGCUGGGAAAUUGAGCGUAAACUUAAGUUGGCGCGUCGAGGUGAGAAGGCUGUGAUUGAUAAAAUCAAAAAGGACAAGAAGCAAAAAAAGCAAAAGAAACAAAAGAAAAAGGUUAAGGAAAUGCCAGUUGAGAAACCCAAAUCUGUAAGUCCUUCACCGCCGCCUCAACCAGUGUUACCUGCGCCAGUAGUAGAGCCAAAAAUAGUUCCGGCUAAAACUAGUCCGACACCAAUGGCGGCAGUUAUGUCAAGCCCAGAAAGAAAAAGUGACGACGAAGGAAUGGCAGGUUCCACAGAUUAUUUUGACCCCAAAGAGAGGUCCAAAGAGCGUAAAAAAAAUGUAGAAAUGAACAAAACAGACGACAAGAGAAGUAACGCCAUGGCUCUUUUAAAAGCAAAACGCGAAGGCAAAGCUAAAAGAGAGGAAGAGGAGGCAAAACGCCAAGCUGAGAAAGAACGGGAAGAAGAAAAAGAAGAACUAGAAGGUGUUUCAUCAGGGAAACAAAGUAGCGUUAAACUCAAAGCAUCCGAUAUCUAUUCAGACGACUCGGGUAGUAGUGAUUCUGAGGAAGAGGAAAAACCUUCAGAAAAGCGCUCAGCGAGCAGUAGCAAAUCAUCAAGUUCGUCCGAGGAUGAAGAGAAGACUGAAAAGAAACCAGUUUAUAUCUCUACACGUGAAGAACUUAACAAAAUGCGAUUGUCCCGGUAUAAAAUGGAGCGUUUUGUCAACUUGCCAGUAUUUGAGAAAACUGUGAUGAACUGCUUUGUGCGUAUUAGUAUUGGAAACAAUGGAGCGAAACCAGUUUAUCGUGUAGCAGAAGUUGUGGGAGUUGUAGAAACUGCAAAGAUUUAUCAGUUAGGAACGACGAAAACAAAUCGCGGACUGAAACUUAAACACGGCACCCAAGAGAGAGUAUUUCGCUUAGAAUUUAUAUCCAAUCAAGAAUUUACUGACAGUGAGUUUAGUAAAUGGCGUGAAAUUUGUGCAACGCAAAAUGUACAAAUGCCAACUCUAGAAAUGAUGGAAAAGAAGUCCCGUGACGUAAAAGAUGCGUUUAACUAUGUCUUUAAAGAAGAAGAUGUCGAUAAGUUGGUCGAAGAGAAGAGUCGUUUCCGGAAUAGACCCACAAAUUAUGCCAUGAAAAAAACUUGUUUGAUGAAAGAACGUGAUGCUGCUCUAUUACGUGGAGAGUACGAGGUGGCUGCGGAUCUUGGUAAACAAAUCGAUCAGUUAGAAACCCGUGCGUCUGAGCUCGAUAAGAAAAGAUCAAGUAGCAUAAGUUUGAUAUCAUAUAUAAAUGACAGAAAUAGAAAACGUAACGUGGAGGAAGCCGAAAAGGCUAUAAUGGAAGAAGUUCGAGCCAAUAAAGGUUUAAAAAUUUCUGAUCCGUUUACCAGACGCACAACACAACCUCGAAUGGGUUUCAAGGCGGCGGCGGAUAAAAAAGAAGAGGAAAUUUUGCCUAUGGUCCCAGCACCACCUCCGCCAGGCAAGAGGCGAACCGAUGAGUCGAAGAAACCACAGUCUAACGACUACAGUCUUUAUUCUUUGCAUGAUUUUGACAUUGAUCUAGAUGUUCCUUUACCCGUUAAUUCAGUGACGGUUGUACCGAAGCCUAUACCAAAGGUGAGUGAAGCAGCGCCAAAACGUUCACUUAAUUUAGAAGACUACAAGAAGAAGCGCGGUCUUAUUUAGUCAACCAACUGGCUUAGUAACUUAUUUAACUGCACCUUAUUUUAAACGGUAUCUAACUUAAAAAAUAAGAAACUCAAUUUAACGUUAAGAAAAAAUGUAGCGCCACAAGAAAGCUGCUGCAACAACCGCAUGUGGCAAAGUGAAACAAAAAUUCAAACGAACUGUUACAACCAUAAUGUUACAAUGGGCUAUUACAUAAAUUAUGUUAGAAAAUUCUACAUACAUAAUGAAUGUAUGUAUGUAUUGACUUUUUUAUGUUUUCUCAAUAAACGGAAAACGUUAUUCAAAUUUGCGAGCAUAAUAAAACGCUAUUAUAGAAGUAGGGAAAAAACAAUAACGCGUAACAAUAAGUAUGUAAUAUUGUUGUUAUAAUUUGUUUAAAAAAUUUUAUGCUUUGAGAGAUAAAAUAAUUUUAUUGUAAUUUAUUUAAAUUAAAAUAGUUGCAACAAAAAAAAAAUUGAUUAGAUAUUUUUAUCUAGGGGUAUUUAUGCGUAACGAAAAAAAAAACAUUGCAAAGUUGUUUGGAGUAACGCCAAUUAUUAUAAAAUAGGUAUAAAUUGAAAAACAAAUUCACAUUUCAUUGCACGUCUAAUUAGAAUAUUAUGCAUAUUUAUUUUGAAACUCCAAUUUUGCAAUUUUUUUUUCGUUUCGUGCGAGUACCUCUCUAUUUUUGUUUGAGAAUACUCUUUUUAAAACUGUGAAUGGUAUUUUGUAUCAAACAACACAAUUUAUUAAAAUUAUACAUUUGUUGACUUAAUUUUUAUUUAGAUCAUAUGUCACAAAUGUAUGUGAUUUUAACAUUUUUGUUUACUGUAAAAAAGUAUAUUAUGUUUUCACUUCAUUCAUUAUGUGUAUUGAACGAAAAUGGAAUAUAUUCCAGUUGUUUUUGAAAAUCUUCAGUUAUAAAUAUA